AUGAACGGUGGAACCACGAUUGCUGGAACUAUGAUUCUGGCUCAUUUGGCGGGAAUCAAGGUCUUUGCUACCGGAGGACUAGUUGCUGUGGUUAGCUCUGGCUGUAAGAGCUUCCUAGACAUCCAGCGAACUCUUGAGUAUCUAGAGACCGAAGGUGUUGUUGUAGCUGCCUUCGCAGACGGACGCAAGGGAGAUAUUGAUUUCCCAGCAUUUUUCACUCGUGACAGUGGUAUCAAAGCACCCAGAGUCAUCGAGAAUGCUCAAGAUGCCGCUGCUAUCAUCUAUGCUCAGUCACAGCUGCAGCUUAAGUCUGGAAUGCUCUUCACCAAUCCGGUGCCGGAAGAGCACUCGUUCCCCAAGCCAGAGAUGGAUGCUAUCAUCACUCGAGCUAUUGAACUUGCCCAUAUUGAAGGCAUCCAGGGGAGUGAUAAUACUCCUUACGUCUUGGCUAAGAUUGAAGAGCUUAGUGGUGGACGUAGCGUGGCUACAAACAGAGCGCUUGUCGAAUACAACGUAGAGGUCGGCACUAAAGUAGCUAUCGAGCUUGCAAAGCUGGAAUCAGAAAAUGGCAAAGAUGUGGAUCGCAGUGUAGCUGGCAAUAUACCAAUAAAUCAAGCUCAUACCGAAGAGAGUCAAGAUAGUCUCAGAUCCUCUGUUGAAUCUGCAGAUACUCCUUCAACACUGGAGGUUGAACAAGAAGAGCCAGAACUGCUGGUAGCAGGCUCUCUUGCAGUUGACCUAGCCUGUGACUAUACACCGCUAUCAAAUGGCACUUCAGAUGGUUCACCCAAGCUACAGAUCUCAAAUCCUUCGGUUAUAACCCAGACCCUAGGAGGUGUUGGACACAACGUAGCCCUUGCAGCAAGUUAUAUGGGGAGCUCCGUAAUGUUCUGCAGCGUGGUUGCAGAUGAUAUCAGCGGUCGAAGUGCCUUGGACACAAUACAAGACACAUACAACCCUUUCUUCCAGUCCGAGGGCAUCCAGCUACUCCCGUCGACUCCCGACGCCAGAACAGCACAAUACAUAGCCGUCAACGAUGCCAAAAAGGAUUUAAUGAUCGCCAUGGCAGAUAUGAGUAUCCUCGAACUGCCCGAGAGCAAGCUGAACUUCCGGGCCUUCUGGGAACCAUUGGUCAAGGAUCAAGUGGUGCCGCCUUCAUGGGCUGUUGUGGACGCAAACUGGGGAUCUGAAGCUGCUACCGAAUGGAUACAGCUUUGCAGGCGCCAGGGUAUCAAAAUUGCGCUGGAGCCUGUGUCCGCACCAAAAGCCGCGAGGCUAUUUUACCGACAGAAUGAUACCCCUAGUCAUGUCCCGGUUAUAAGGGCGACUGAUAUGGCUCCAGAUAGCCAUGUUAUUGACCUCGCUGCUCCGAACCGGUAUGAAUUGGCAGCUAUGCAUGCUGCAGCGCGAGACACUGGCCACUUUGAUAGCCCCGAGUGGUGGCGAAUAAUUGAUGCCCUCCAGCUGCCCAGUAGCGGAUCAAGGGCCCGUUUAAUCUCACUUACAAACGCGGAGAUUGUUAACGAGGGAAUACCUCAGCAAACCAUACAGCUUCUCCCAUUGAUACCAUGCAUACUGACCAAACUGGGUCCUCAGGGAGUGCUGUUGACUCAGAAUCUAUGGCCUGGGGACGAGCGACUGACCAUGAAAGAAUACGCUCCGUAUAUACUUGGUCGGGGACAGAUAGACGAUAGCCCUGUUGGAGGGGUUUAUAUGCGUUUAUUCCCGCCAGAGGAAGCACUCUCGGAUGGUGAUAUUGUCAGUGUCAACGGUGCAGGUGAUACCCUUCUUGGUGUAGUUAUGGCUGCUCUUGGAAGAGGCGGACGAGAUCGCGAUGUACGGGUAGAGGAUGUGAUCCCAAUAGCGCAGAAAGCCAGUGUUAUGACGAUGAAGAGCAAGCAUUCUGUGAGCCCUGAGAUAUCUCAACUCGCUCCGUUACUUGAGUCGUUGUAA